CAUUCUUCACUGAAUCAGUGUGGAACAAGAUUCAAAAGCGCUAAGUCUGGUUUAAAUUUUACUAGCGACGUCACGUAAGCAUAAGUAAGCAUAAGCACUGUCAACGGCAUACGCAUGAUGGACAGCUUAAAGAUAGCACACGUUUUUUAUCUUGUAAUUUUAGUCCCUAUCAUCAGCACGAACAGCAUAGAUCAAGAUUUUGCGUCAGCUSCGCACAACGUAAMMGCGUCAACUGACGGUGGUGAUUUUAAAUCUUWCAUUACCUUAACCUGGUUAGAACCCAAGCGUAUUAACRGCACRAUCACCMGCUAUAUGAUACUGUACGGCAGAACUGAUGGCAUUUCUGGUAACCAUAGUAAAAUUGCUAAUUCGUAUGCAAGGAGGGUUACUAUCUACCACCUUCUGCCAUACCGAUACUACACACURUAUAUCAGAGCAAAAACCUUUCGUGGUUACGGGCGGUGGAGUUCUCCUGUCACUAUACGGACCCCUGGUGGAGUACCAAGCGAUAUAUGUGAAGUUACAAAACUUACCUCUCCAACUCCCACCAGCAUUUACAUGGAAUGGAAACCACURCCUCCCGAGACACACAACGGUGUUCUGUUGGGUUAUUACGUCAUGUACUUAAAUGUGAAGGAAACUGUCGCAAAUUACGAAAAGGAAUGGGUCUCUCUACAUACCAGAAGUUAUACUAUUAUAAAUCUCAAGCCAUAUUCAUCCUACUACUGUGGAGUGAUAGGUGUUACUGCCAAGGGAUUCAUGAUUACGCCAACCAUGAUUAAAAAAGCGUCAUCAUGGCGAACACUGGAAGACAAACCAAGUAGUCCUCCACCRAAACUGACAGCAKYAUUUGUUUGUGAACGAUACGAGUUAAAAGCGAUGUGGGGUCCUCUUGAUGCUGAGAACAUCAAUGGUAAACUGUUAGGAUACAGGGUGUUGCUUUACCAGGGAAAACUGCUYUACAAGAACUUCACAACAACAACCACAAGUAACACAAUAACACUGGACGAGUGUAAGAACUACACCGUUAAGGUUGCUGCUUACACUUCACCUGGAGAUGGACCAUUUACUGCUGUUUACGUGACUAGCACAUGUCCCUGUGGUGCUCCUGAACCAUUCUACAAAAGUCGCUCCAUCGUCACAAAAGAAGGCAAUGCGACAAGGUUACUAUGUGAAUACCAUGGACGACCCGAGCCCAUGAUAUAUUGGUUGCGUCAUGGACAGCGACUUUACGAUGAAAAUAAAAGUGUAGAGAGAUUUACGACACAGUUAGCGAAUGGUACAUGGUACAUAUCCUAUACUGAAAAACAAGAUAGAGGUUUAUACACGUGUGUAUUGAACAACACUUAUGGUGUAGCAACAACUGAUGUCUCACUUACAGUAUCUAAAGAUGUUGYUGUAAUCAACAUCCAGAUAACWGUUUCUAAUAAACGAUAUCAAGAAGAACUGGAAGACAUAACAUCCAAGAUGUCCAGAGAGUUCAUUCUCACGAUAGAAAGAGCUAUCUUAAAAGCAUUCAAACCAMGAAAAGAUGUGUUCGUCACGGUCUCCAAGUUCAGGAAUGGCAGUGUAAUAGCAGAGUUAAAGGUUUCCGUAGCAAUUGAUGACCCAAGCAUGAAAUCGUCCUCGCUAAAGGCAAUCAAAGAAACCUUCAUUCGUUCAUUCUCUGCAGGCGAAAUCACGACAGAAGAUAUCACAUUCGAUAACAUCAUUUUCAAAGAGUCACCGUCUCCUCCACAAAAUCCCAAAGCAAACGUAAUAAACCCAACAGAUAUUCACCUGACAUGGGAUUACCCACAAGACUACAAAGCAUACGCCAUCACUGGGUACAGAAUAUUACACAVGAAAACUGGUAGGAAGGAAUGGAUUAUGGGUAAGAUGCUAUCAGCCAAUCAGAACAAGGGAAGAAUAGAAGAUCUUCAGUCCAGCACAGAAUAUGAAAUUAUGGUUGCUUCUUACAAUGAAUAUGGACAAAAAGAAAGUAAUAUAAUAACAGCUGAGACAACAGCUGACAUGACAGCAGCCAUAGCCCUUGGCGUCAUCAUUCCAAUUAUUCUAAUUCUGAGUCUGAUUGGUUUGUGGUUUUGGUGGAGGAAACAGCGACGCCAAAGAAAAAGAAUCGAAGAGCAGCUGGCCAUGGAGCAGAGAGAAAAAGAAGAAUUAGAAAAGCAGAAUGCAGCAUUGAUAAGUUUAGAUGCCUUACUUGGAGUYGGUGGUGAAGACAUCGAGAAACACUGGAAGGAAAUUGCUAGAGAAUGUAUAGAGUUCAUAGGAGAACUUGGCUCUGGAGCUUUUGGAGAAGUCAAGAAAGGAAAGCUCAUUGAUGGAGAAGAAUCCACAAUAUGUGCAGUGAAAAUGCUCAAGGCUCAAGCCACAGAAGUAGAACUGAGAGACUUGGUCAACGAACUGAAUAUUAUGGCCAACGUUGGUGAACAUCCAAAUAUAGUCAGUUUGAUUGGAGCUUGUACAAUUGGUGGUCCACUAUGGCUGGUUGCCAAGUUUGCUGAGAACGGCUCCCUGAUCGAGUAUCUUCAGUGUCAUCGCCCAAAAAAAGAACACAGCUACGAAAACGUUGUCAGCACAAGUGAAAAUGAAAAACAGAAUCAUAGCUAUGAAAAUACCACCAUGAACACUACCAGCACGACCGGUAUAUCUCUUCUUGAGAAACUGAUGUUUGCAUAUGGUAUUGCCAAGGGAAUGACCCAUUUAGGGAAGAAGAAGUGUAUUCACAGAGAUUUGGCAGCGCGCAAUGUCUUACUGGGUAAGGACAACAUACCAAUGGUGUCUGACUUUGGGUUAUCACGUGAUGUUUACGAAAGCGGUCAAUAUGAAAAGACAACAGGGGGUAAACUACCUGUCAAAUGGAUGGCAAUCGAAUCCCUAGAAGACUAUGUGUAUACAGUGCAAAGUGACGU